AUGGAUGGAAAAAAGAAUGAAACUUCCACUGAGCCUGUAUGGCCUCCAGCUGGGAUGUUGCAGUGUCCCAAGAAUGACUGUCCUCGUCUCUUCACGUCGCGAGCGGCCAUGGAAUCCCACCAGAUGUCAUACAAGGACCAUGCACUCUGCCUAGCCUGCAACAUCCAGUUCGCGACUCAUGAAGAGCUAUUCCUUCAUAGGCUUGUCAGCAAGCGUCACCAUACUUGCCCGAUCUGCAACCGCGGUUUCAAGAGUGAGGAUGGCCGGGAUUUUCAUAUCCAAACUGAUCACCCAGAGGACCGAGGUCUCACUUGUCCUGGCUGCCCCAAGACUUUUUCGUCCGGCGACGACUACAUGAGUCACAUUUCCUCCAACGCAUGCAGAAGCUCUGCUGUGGUGGCCUUGAAUGAGCAUAAUGCCCGCCGUCAGAAAAUGGAAAGGGUCCUCAGCGAAGCAUCCCAAUCCAGGCCCAGCCUGUCUUUCUGCUCGGACGACGACAGCUAUCGAGACAACGGAACUGAGAGUGACGGCCUAGGCCUACCUCGACCUCGACCUCCUCAGCUGAUGAGACAGGAUUCUGGCAUCUCUGACGAAUACCCUCGUCCCAAUGAAGGCUACACUCCUGAUGUAAGCAGUAACUUCUCCCCUCGCUUUUCUAGCCCUCCCGCUGCGCCGGCCUCGCGUUCCCUCGACGAGGAAGAUUCUCCUAUUGCACGCCCGCAACUCUCGAACCCGGCGCCUUUUGCAAAUCUGGCGAUCAGCCCCGAUGAUCUGAUUGCCUGGGACCCGGAUCUGGACGUCGGUCUUUGGCCGUCCUCGCCGGCGCUUUUCAAGACACCUGACCGAAAUCAACCUGCCAUGUCUCCAUCGUCGUGCUCCUCCCGCUCUCUUCAAGAUCUUGUCCCCGACUGGAACUCUGAGAAGCACUGGAACAGUCAGACAAAGCGCUAUUUUUGCGACUGUGGGUUUACUACUCAAUAUGUGAAAGUUAAGUACAUGUGGGGCAUGGUGAAGACGGGAAUCAUUGCUCCCACGAUCGGCAAGAAAUCUACUUACAUGUUUUUGAAAUAUAGUUGCACACACUGCGGAAAAGGCUUCCCCACCGUUGCCACUCUAUUUAAGCACAUUGAAAUAGACCAUUCGAAGGAAAAUUCCUGGACACGGGAAAACCGACGCGUUGACCAGGCCCCCGGGUAUGGCUCUUCUGCUGAACGCCUGCACGACAUGGAUGGGCCCAUGGACAUCGGAGAGCUCGAAUUUCAAGUCUAUGACCGCCCGCCCACCUUCGCCCAGAACUUUCCGCGUUACCGUGCGAAGAUGGAUUACGGAUUGCGAUCUACCAAGGUGCCUCAUGGUACCUACUGGUGA